CAAAGUGAGUCACGUGGUUCGCGGGAGGUAAAGCUGAACAGUGACUAAUUUUCUGACCUGCUUAUCGAACUGGCUGUGGAUCCAGCCUAAAUUUUUAAUCUCCAACAAUGCAGGGAGAUGACUUCGAGUCUUUUCAGGACCCACGUCAGAGAUAAACGCCGGGUCAAUGGCAUCUCCCCUAUCAGAAAAAGAAGUCGGAGCAGUCGGCCCUGUUGAUGGGACUGUAGGGGGACUGCCCGGGGCCCGACUACCUCCUCGGCCGCAUCACCCCUCUUCGACUACUGCUUUGUCGCCUGGAUCUCUGAUGGUUGAAUCUGUGGACGAUGCCGAGGGUCUUUAUGUUGCAGUUGAGCGGUGUCCUCUCUGUAACACUGCUAGGCGCAGACUGACCUGUGCCCGAUGCAUCCAGAGUGGCGAUUUUGUUUACUUUGACGGGAGGAACCCCGAACGUUACAAAGAGAAGUCGGAGAAACUAAAAGCGCUGAAAGAUGAAAAGGAAAGCCUUCAACAACGAGUUAUCCAAGCCAUGGAGAAGAAGAUUCAGACAGACCAGCUAAAAUGGAAGAUAAUGUCCUGCAAGAUGAAGAUCGAACAACUGAAAGAGGCUAUUUCCAAUGGGAAUGAGGAAGUCAAGAGUGGUAAGGACCUGCUGGUUCGUUCUCAGGAGGAGAGCCAGCGUCUGCAGCGGCGGGCCACCCGGCACCAGGAGAAGCGGGACAAGAUCGAACGGCACAACCGGCGGCUGGCCGAGCUGCUGGAGCGGCGGGGGCGCGAGGUGCAGACACGCCUGGAGACGCUGGCCGACGUGCGCCGCGGACACAUCCUGGAGCUCGUCACGCACAUCUUCACCAUGCAGGAGGAGAAACAAGGCAGCAGAGACCCCGCAGAUGUGGUGGCGGAGUGUGACCCUGCGCUGACGUCCAGCACGGUGAGUGAGCUGGCUGAGGCGCGGCGGACCACCUACCUGUCGGGCCGCUGGAUCUGGGACGACCAGAACGGGGAGACCAGCAUCAGCAUCACCGGCCCCCACGUCACGCUGCCCAGCAACGGGGACUGCUCCCCCUACUACAGCUGGGUGGAGGAGAAGAGCACCACACAAGGCCCAGAGUUGGACCAUAUCAACCCAGCCCACACCAUCAGCGCUGCGCUCUGCUAUGCCACCCAGCUCGCCAACAUCCUCUCACACAUCCUGGACGUCAACCUGCCCAAGAAACUGUGCAAUAGUGAGUUCUGUGGGGACAACUUGAGUCGCUACAGGUUCACCCGCGCACUCACCAAGCUCAACACCAACAUCCUGCACCUCUGCUUCUCACAGCAUGUGGAGAGUGAUCUCCUGCACCCCCAUCACACCUUGAGGAACAUCAUGUUUCUGGUCUCCCAAGAAAACAAGAACCUUGGAAGGACCGGUCCGUUUGAGGCCAGCGCGGACCUGGAGGAGUCUAUGGAGUUUGUGGAGCCGGAAGCGUCGGGGCCGGCGGAGGAGAGCGGGGACGAGGCACCCAGCGACGAGGAGACAGACCUGGGCACCGACUGGGAGACGGUUCCCAGCCCGCGCUUCUGCGACAUCCCCUCCCAGCCCAUGGACCUGUCCCAGAGCACCGCCAUGCAGGCCUCCCAGCCAGCAGGUGCCGCCGCCGGGGGAAUGAUCUCCUCUGCUGCCGCCUCCGUCACCUCAUGGUUCCGCGCCUACACCGGCCAGCGCUGAACACACACUCUCAACGUACUUCACAUGUAUAUGCAGCACACUGAUCAGAGAUUUAAAAUCCUGGGUUCAGAAGGAAAAGAUACUACCACUAAUUUGGAAUACUCCAGCCAGUGGUGAACGCAUGUACACACACACACACACACACACACACACACACACACACACACACACACACACACACACACACACACACACACACACACACACACACACACACACGUUUCCGAAAGUAAAUGUUACAAACUACUAGUAAUUUGGUUCUACUUGCUCCAUAACAGCUGAUCUUAGUGAGUACCCCACACAAAAAGUUACUUGUGGCAAGAGAUUGAAGUUACUUACAUGCCAAGAGUUUUUUACUUUCUGAACCCGGGACUUACAUACAGGCAUACACAGCCAAGAGUCACAGCUGAUGCUGUUGCUAUGCAAACUAAAUUGGAAGAAAAAUACUGAACCCCCCCCCCAAAAAAAAA